AUGCCCACUAAACUUACCACAGCCACCACGACCACUGACCCUUCCACCACAUCUACCACGACCACUGACCCUUCCCCACAUCCACCACAUCCACCACGACCACUGACCCUUCCACCACAUCCACCACGACCACUGACCCUCCUACCACAUCCACCACGACCAAUGACCCUUCCACCACGACCACUGACCCUUCCACCACAACCACUGACCCUUCCACCACGACCACUGACCCUCCUACCACAUCCACCACGACCACUGACCCUUCCACCACGACCACUGACCCUCCUACCACAUCCACCACGACCACUGACCCUUCCACCACGACCACUGACCCUUCCACCACAACCACUGACCCUUCCACCACGACCACUGACCCUCCUACCACAUCCACCACGACCACUGACCCUUCCACCACGACCACGACCCUCCUACCACAUCCACCACGACCACUACCCUCCUACCACAUCCACCACGACCACUGACCCUUCCACCACAUCCACCACGACCACUGACCCUCCUACCACAUCCACCACGACCACUGACCCUUCCACCACAUCCACCACGACCACUGACCCUCCUACCACAUCCACCACGACCAUUGAACCUUCCACCACAUCCACCACGACCACUGACCCUCCUACCACAUCCACCACGACCACUGACCUUCCAACCACAUCCACCACGACCACUGACCCUUCCUACCACAUCCACCACGACCACUGA